AUGGAUAUAAUUCGCGAUUGCAUGUGGUGCCACCGUCUCAAUGAUGAUGCACAAUCUGAUACUUCAGUUUGGUCUAAACCACAAACAGAUUGGAUCAAGUGUAACGUUGAUUGUGCCCUUUUCGAAGCCGAAGGAAAAUUUGGUGUUGGCAUCUGUUUUCGAGAUAGCCUUGGACAUCUUAUCCAAGCUAACUCUAUGGUAUUUCCUUCUUUUACAAAUGCAGCUGAGUGUGAAGCUACCGCUAUACAACAAGCCCUCCAAAUUGCUCUUGAACUUGGCCUGAAUCGGGACUUUGCUUUUACUAAUGAUAGCAAGAAAGGAAGGCUUAUAAUUACCAAUAUAAUUCAGCUUUUUGGUCACGUUAUUUCACUUUUCACUUUCACUCUCCAUAGUUUCAUGAUGAAUGAUCAAUUUCCUAUUGGAAUGCGUGUUCUUGCCGUCGAUGAUGAUAGAACAUGUCUCAAGAUUUUGGAGAGACUUCUCCAAAGGUGUCAAUACCAUGUAACCACUGCUCAAAGUGCACUAACAGCAUUGAACUUGUUGAGAGAAAACAAAAGCAAUUUUGACCUAGUAAUCAGCAAUGUUCAUAUGCCAGACAUGGAUGGAUUUAAGCUUCUUGAGCUUGUUGGACUUGAGAUGGACCUACCUGUCAUCAUGUUUUCUGCAAAUGAUGAUCCAAAGAUGGUGAUGAAAGGAAUUGAUCAUGGUGCUUGUGAUUAUCUGCUGAAACCUGUUACAUUGAAGGAGGUACAAAUGAUUUGGCAACAUGUAGUCAGGAAGAAGAAAACUAACAAAAGAAGCAAUCGUGAUGCGCCUAAUUCUGAUUGUGGAAAUGGAAUCGAUUCAGCUCGGACAGGAAAUUUCGAUCAAAAUGAAAAGCCAUCUAGAAAAAGGAAGGAGAAGAAUGAAGAUGAGGAUGAGGAUGAGGAUGAGGAUGAUCGUGACAAUGAUGAUUCGACGGCACAGAAGAAGCCUCGAGUUGUUUGGUCGGCUGACUUACACCGCAAGUUUCUUGCUGCUGUUAAACAAUUAGGCUUUGAAAAGGCUGUGCCAAAAAAGAUACUUGACUUGAUGGAUGAUGAAACCCUUACAAGGGAGAAUGUGGCCAGCCAUCUCCAGAAAUACAGACUCUAUCUGAAAAAACAAGCUAAUAUGGCAGAAGUUUUGGGUAAUGAUUCUGAUAAAUCCUAUUCAAGAAUGGGUUAUAUCAGUGGAGUUGGUGCUCAUGUGCAGCCAUUGAAUGACCCUAGACAGUUUCAUAAUAAUAACAGUGCUUUCAGAUCCUUUCCAUCUAGUGGUAUGAGUACUAGAUUGAACACUCCUUCUAGUAGUGUCAAUAUGCAUGGAUUUCCUGCACAUAAUUUGAACAACUCAACAGGGGAUCAUCUUAGGUUUCAAUCGGCCAUAGCUCGUUCCAAUCUGAAUGAUGUUCAAAGAAUGCCAUUUUCUUCUGUAGACUCUCAACAUUCACAGUUUUCUCAUCCUUUACUUGAAAAAAGAAGGUGCAAUGACAUUUGGUCAAGCCCUAUGCAGCAAUUACCAGAAACAAACUCUUACCUUCCAAAAGAAGGUUUUGUCCAUGCUGCUGCUAUGCCUCCUACAUAUAACAUGAAUUCACAAGGUAUUAUUUUUAACAGUUCUAAUAAUGUGCCAUUUCAAGGAUGGGAUAAUAACCAUAACAACCAUGAUGGAAGUUAUCAUCCUUCUCAUGUGGUUGGUAAUUCAGUAGGCCCUUCUAUGAUUCAUGUUCUGAAUGCUAUUGAACCAGAAGGAAACUUGGACAAUAAUUAUUGUGAUCGUAUCGCGGAGUUACAUGAAGUUCCAUCAUUGAAACCACAUGAGGUAUAUAUGAUGAAUAAUCAGAUGAAGGCUGGAAAUAGCCACAUGUCUAAUGAGCUUGAUUCGCUUGAGGACGUCAUGAGAGUCAUGAUCAAACCGAAACAAUUAUAUGCCAAUUUCUCUGGUGGGACAUCAAUGCCACGGCAAGAUUAGAAUAUGCAUCAAGUCAUGCUUGUGGAUGAAUUUUGUAGACUGUGACAAGUCUUCACAUAUAUACUCUCUUUUCCAAGUUUUGUCUUUUCAAGGGUUGAAACUUUCUCUUAAAUUAUUUCCAAGUACUUUAUGGAGUUGAUACAAUUUCUUGUUUUGUGUAGACAUGCUUUCUUUUUUCUUGCUAAUUUGA